CGACCGGCCAUGUACACGUCUUGUACUACAUUUUUAUUUUAUUUUCAAAUUGAUUUUCUUUUAUUUUGUUAUUAAAAGUAAGGCUACAACGAAAGACGCGAGAGCAGCGUUACAUAAUAAUGAAAACAAUCAUAUGACCCUUUGAUUAAAAAAAAAAAAAAAAUCCAUUUCCUCGAACGACACUUUGACCCUGGUCUACCUCGUCUCCGUUCUUUGCCGAUCGGACCUUUCGACCGGUCUGUGUUAAAGAUCGAGAUUUUAUUGAUGGGGACUUCAUCUGGUUCUAAUAUUAACCACCAGCAUAUGUCGAAGAUGCUACCCCCACGCCAACAACAACAACAACAACAACAACAACAACAACAGCCAGGGAGCUUACAAACUUCGUUGUCCUUAAUCUCCUUAGAUCCUCACACAUCGUCCAAUGCCCAAGAGCCCAGAUUUAACUUGGAUAACAUUCAUGAGUCUCCAACUGAGAGUGCUAGCUCACGAGAGACUUGGCCUACUGCUGAUGCUAUCACAACAAAGAAAAUGGUAAAUGGGAAAACUGAAAAUGAUUGCACUGAGCAGUCUGUCAUUCGUCGUGUCUCUAAUGCUGAAAAGAUAACUCUUCGAGACAUUGCUAGAGAAAGAGUUGAUGUUAUAUCUGAAAAGAUGCAUCACCUACCUGAUGAGUUUCUAGAUGAGCUAAAGAAUCAACUCAAGACUAUUCUGGAAGGCAAUGGUGGUUCGCAAAACCGAGAGGAGUUUUUAAUUCUUCAGAAGCUUGUUCAAAGCAGAUCUGAUUUAACAGCAAAGACUUUGAUUAGAGCUCACCGAGCACAACUUGAAAUACUCGUUGCAAUAAAUAUGGGAAUCCAGGCCUUCCUGCAUCCAAACAUCAGUCUAUCUCAAACUUCUCUCAUCGAGGUUUUUGUGUACAAAAGAUGCAGAAAUAUUGCAUGCCAAAGCCAACUACCUGCAGAUGAUUGCGGCUGUGAAAUAUGUGCCAAUAGGAAUGGAUUUUGCAAUCUUUGUAUGUGUGUUAUCUGCAACAAGUUCGAUUUUGAAGUAAAUACCUGCCGCUGGAUUGGUUGUGAUUUCUGUUCCCAUUGGACUCAUACAGAUUGUGCUAUACGUGAUGGUCAAAUUUGUAUGGGUCCUUCUGCUAAAAGUGGAACAGGUCCUACUGAAAUGCUUUUCCACUGCCGAGCUUGCAAUCGAACAUCUGAGCUGUUGGGUUGGGUUAAAGAUGUCUUUCAACAUUGUGUUCCAGCCUGGGAUAGAGAGGCUCUCAUGAGAGAACUUGAUUUUGUUAGUAGGAUUUUCCGUGGAAGUGAUGAUCCCAGAGGGAAGAAACUCUUUUUGAAGUGUGAGGAUCUUUUAGAAAAAUUGAGGGGUGGACUAGCCGAGUCCAUGGCUGGCAGAUCGAUAUUAAUGUUUUUCCAAGAGCUUGAUACAGAUUCUUCAACAAGCCUGGAAAAUGGGGAAGGUGGUGGGUUGAUAGCACCACAAGAAGCAUGCAAUAGAAUAGCAGAUGUAGUGCAGGAGGCCAUAAAGAAGAUGGAAAUGGUGGCCGAUGAGAAAAUGAGGAUGUUCAAAAAAGCUCGCUUAGCUCUCGAUGCUUGUGAACGAGAGCUCGAAGACAAGGCCAAAGAAGUAGCAGAACUGAAGCUGGUGAGACAGAAAAAGAAGCUACAGAUAGAAGAACUAGAGAAAAUCGUUAGGCUUAAACAUGCAGAAGCAGAUAUGUUCCAACUCAAAGCCAACGAAGCAAAACAAGAAGCCGAGAGGCUUCAAAGAAUUGCUCAUGCCAAAUCCGACAAAUCAGAGGAAGAGUAUACUAGCAGUUAUCUCAAACUCCGUUUGAGUGAAGCCGAGGCUGAGAAGAAGUAUUUGUUUGAAAAGAUAAAGCUGCAAGAGAGUUCACACACUUCACAGAGCAGUAACGGUGGCGACCCUUCGCAGAUUCUGACAUAUGCCAAAAUCCGGGAUCUUCUCCAUGGAUACAAUAUCCCCUCUAAGACAGAUUCUCACCCAAAUCAGCGCCACAAUUUUAGAACAAAUCCUUAAAAAGAGUUCUGGAUGGUAAGUUAUUUAUUGAAAACCAGUUGCAUUGUUGGUUUAGUGUAUGAUUUGCUACUUCAUUAUAGCCAUGAACCUUUAAUUAAUGUCAGUUAACUUAUUAUCCUGAAAAA